UUUCCCCGAAGCCUUACCGCUUCACCUUGCCGUGUCGACUGGCUACACACUCUCCAUCAUGUCGGCCGCUAGUCCCGAGGAGGCCAUGGCCGAGCUCAAAUUGAACGGCACAAAUGGCAUUCCCAAACAGCAAGGUUCCACAGGCCCCGAGCCCACCUCUGGCGAUUUAAUAAAUAACGACUCGGACGAUGAUGAAGCCGAUGAUGGAGACGAAGGCAACGGCAACGGGACGGCGGAAGGCGCCGCGAAGAAAAAGAAGAAGAGAAAGCCACGCAAGAAGAAGAAGGCUGGCGUGAGCGCCAAGGGACAGACGGCUCCGCCUCGAGUCAAGGUGUCUGAUUUGUUCCCGCAAGACACCUAUCCCAUCGGCGAGGAGGUGGCGUACAAGGAUGAGAACUCCUACCGCACCACCAGCGAGGAGAAGAGGCAUCUGGAUCAGAUCAAUUCGGAUUUCCUGGCGGACUACCGCCAGGCUGCAGAGGUGCAUCGCCAGGUGAGGAAGUAUGCGCAGAGCGUCAUCAAGCCUGGCAUGUCUUUGACGGAAAUUUGUGAGACGAUCGAGGAUGGAACAAGGCAUUUGACAGGACAUAUGGGAUUGGAGGAGGGAGACAAUUUGAUUGCGGGCGUUGCCUUCCCCACCGGGGUCAACCUCAAUCACUGCGCGGCGCAUUACUCUCCCAAUGCGGGCAACAAGAUGGUGUUGGGCGAGAAGGAUGUAAUGAAGGUCGAUUUCGGCGUGCACGUCAACGGCCGUAUCGUCGACAGCGCCUUUACCGUCGCCUUCGACCCGCAAUACGACAAUCUCCUGGCCGCAGUCAAGGAUGCAACCAACACCGGUAUCCGUCUGGCAGGCAUCGACGCCCGGCUCUCGGAGAUCGGCGAGGGCAUCCAAGAAGCAAUGGAGAGCUACGAAGUCAACAUCAACGGGCAAACAUACCCCGUCAAAGCCAUCCGCAACCUCAACGGCCACACCAUCACGCAGUACAGCAUCCACGGCGGCAGCAGCGGCAAGAGCGUGCCCAUUGUCAAGGGCAGCGGCACGUCGGAUCGGAUGGAGGAAGGCGAGACGUACGCCAUUGAGACGUUCGGCAGCACGGGCAAGGGCAUCGUGCGCGACGACAUGGAAUGCUCUCACUACGCGAAGAUCGAGGAUGCGCCGAAAGUCGCGCUGCGAGUCGCGUCCGCCAAGUCUUUGCUCCGAACGAUCGACAAGAAUUUUGGCACGCUGCCGUUUUGCAGGCGGUACUUAGAUCGCCUGGGCCAUGAGAAGUACCUGCUCGGCCUGAACAAUCUCGUCCAGGCGGGCAUUGUGCAGGACUACCCGCCUCUGUGCGACAUCAAGGGGAGUUAUACGGCGCAAUUCGAACACACGAUUCUGCUGCGCCCAACGGUGAAGGAGGUCAUUAGCCGCGGAGAUGAUUAUUAGACGGUGUUUUCUUAACCAGUACGAAGCCAAUGAAACCCAAUGCC